GUUUGACACUUGGACAAUGGGUAAUGAAAGAAUUCAUUGGUGGAGAAAUCAAUCUCACCACAAGCUCCAUUUAGUAGCUGCUCUGAUUCUUUAGAUAUUGAGAGUGUAUCAGGUCCAAGAUUCAUUUUGCAGCUGGACAAUGAGUCCAAACAAAGCCAGAGUCAAAAAGAACUAUCUUCAGAGAGCAAGGAGUCCUGCAGCAGAUGAUCUGGCCCCCGUGGAGACCUGAGCAUCAUGGAGUCAGACUGCAAUCACAUGAAGAGACAGAGACACUAAGACAGAAGAACUGUGGCAGGUUCUCCAAGAUGCUGGAACAACCUGGAGCAGAAGAACCUGAAGAACUGUGUAAGGAGAACUGGUGCUGGUUUAAAGGCAAAGGGGGUCACAUCAAAUCCUGAUCUGAUUUAGGUUUGUUUCUCUUCACUGCACUUUGUGCGAAGUUCAAUGAAUAAAACUCUGCUAUGAAAAUGACACAAGUAGUCCGGUCACGGCAAUGACGCACGAGAUAGAGAGAGAGAGAGAAAGAGAGUUGGGGGGGUGAGAGAGAGAAAGAGAGAGAGAAAGAUGCUCCCCUCUCAGAGUCACGUUUCCUCAGUGAGCGUCCUGCUCCCUGACAGUUCACCGUCUCCUCUCGGAGAGGCUGGAAGGUUUCCGAUGGAGGAGGAUAUUUAUAACCCAGAGUUUCAGCCUCUCUUUCCUGGGAGAGUCCGGACCACCUGUCACUUCUCUCCGCUCUGAGGACGAACUGGCACAAAGAGGAGAAGAGAGGCAGACAGACGCGCGUAAUUCCUCUGCGCGCCUUUACUGCGCUUUGCCUCUCCUCCUCAUCCUCCUCUGACCGCCUCCGUCUCUCUCCUUCUUGGAUGAACUUUCUCGCCGCCUGCGGGGACGCGGCCGCUCGCACCGAGAUCAUGAAGACAACGCGAAAAUGUCGCGCGAUGCUGUCGGUGGGUCUGAACCUGGUGGCUCUGUUCUUCUCCACCACCGCCUUCAUCACCACGUACUGGUGCGAGGGCACCCAGCGUGUUCCCAAGCCCAACUGCAGCAAGCAGCGGCGUCACAACUGCAUCGACUACGGCGUGAACGAGACGGACCAGAACAAGGUGCACUACAGCUGGGAGACCGGGGACGACCGCUUCCUGUUCCGCCGCUUCCACACCGGCAUCUGGUAUUCCUGCGAGGAGAACAUCCACGAGGCAGGUGAGAAGUGUCGGAGCUUCAUUGAUCUGGCCCCGGCGUCGGAGAGAGGUGUGUUGUGGUUGUCGGUGGUGUCGGAGGUGCUCUACAUCCUGCUGCUGGUGGUCGGCUUCAGCCUGAUGUGUCUGGAGCUUUUCCACUCCAGCAACGUCAUUGACGGACUCAAACUCAACGCCUUCGCCGCUGUCUUCACUGUGCUGUCCGGUCUUUUGGGUAUGGUGGCCCACAUGAUGUACACUCAGGUGUUCCAGAUCACAGUCAGUCUGGGUCCUGAAGACUGGAGGCCUCACAGCUGGGACUAUGGCUGGUCCUUCUGCAUGGCCUGGGGUUCCUUCACCUGUUGUAUGGCCGCCUCCGUCACCACCCUCAACUCCUACACCAAGACAGUGAUCGAGUUUAGACACAAAAGGAAGCUGUUCGAGCAGGGCCUGCGCGAGGAGCAGAACUACUUGGACCAGGAGGCUUUCCACUACUUCCGAGACCGCUCCCUCCAGUCCAUCUCCAGCACUGUGGAGGUCUACCCCGGCCACAGUGGAGCCAGAGGCGGGAUUGUUGUCGGGGGCCCAGGUCCAGGUCCUGGACCAGGUCCGGGUCCGGGUCCUGGUCCCGGACGGGGCAAGAUGCGAGCUGCAUCGGCCUCCAUAGACCUGGGGGAGAACACUGACUCUCUGGGGGAGGAGCAGUGCUGAGCCACCCACGGGAAUGGGAGGGUCAUGUGGGAUGGGAUGUGAUGAGAUGAUGAGGCAGACUGCUCCUUUAGGUCUGGACCCAGCUACUGGUUUUCCCGCCAAAAUCAAAAGCACAGCAGCCCUUAUUUUCUGUUUGAAGAAGAUGAUUAACAGACUUGACGAGAGGAGACAUGGAGGAAGCAAAUAAAUAAAAUUAGACGGAUAUGUUCUAUAUAUGAAAUGAAAAUGAAUAUUAAAUGUGACAAACGGACUGAGAUCAUUCACUUUGAGAUCUGUGACUUCAUGGAUGGAAAUCAGGUGUUUUCCAGCAUAUUUCACAGUGCUAUGUGUAGUAUUUUAACAUCAAUAAAUAAUAUGAACUAUGAGACAUUAACCUAUUUGUAAGUUUUGCUAUUGCUACAUAGCCGACUAUAGUGUUAACAGCUGUUUACUUACCAGUCCUGCCAAAAGCUUUGGCCAUUGUUGCGUUUAUUGGACAAGAGGUUAUAAUAUGUCCUCUGAUCAGCUACUUCUUCAACAGUCAAAACAAGGCUGAACGUUAGCAUUGCUUUCCACUGCUGGAGACAGCUAAACUCAAAAUGUUUCUUGUAGACUGGUAAUUAGCUGUUAAUGCUAAUGUUCACUAUAUAUCAAUAGCAAAAACUUAUAAAUAACUGGUUUAAAGCUUUUGAAACUUUUUCUAAGCAGUGACUGUUUUGUGGCCAGAAGUAAUAAGAUAAUGGUAAAUGCUAAAAAGUAGCGUAACAGUAGACUGUAAUUCAGUAAUGUCAAUUACAAAGCAAUAUCUAUCUAAUGUUUGCUAACAUUAACCACCAUAAGCUGCUAGUCAUAGCAGGAGUUCAGCUGAGUGUGUUAAACUGAGCCAAGUCAACAUUUUAUUUGUGAGAAGAAGAAUGUGUCAUUUAUUAUUUCAAAAUUUAAAGACUCAGUUUAGUAAUUAUUUCUGUAAAACA